GCGGCGCUUCAGAAUCGACGCUGACUCCGAACCGAACGGACGUGCGCACGACAGCGCGGCACCAUUCGCGAUCGACGCGUGUUUCGCAUUUGAAUUUUGAAAUUUGAUUUUUUUAAAUUGUGCACAACAUUGCUGUUCUCCAGCCAGCCAGAGCAACCAUGCGGAACUUUGUGAGAACCUUUGCAAUCCUGCUCAUCACCAUCGCAGCGGCGAGCACAGCGCCCGCCUCAUCCUCCAGCCAUGACAACAACCUCACCACCGACCCCAAAGACCCCACCACGCACCAGCUCCUCAGCUCACUCGGCCUCAAGAAGCUCAGGAUACCGGCCGCCCACCACCGCAAGAGGUUAGCGGAGCAAGGAAGACGACACGCCAGCGGCGAUUCAAGGAUGUUCGUCAUCAAACUGCCUCCAAACACCAGCUACUACUCACACGCUGAUCCUGCCCCUGCCGCCGCCCGCACUCUCCCCCUCCAAAUGACCAGCAACGGAAAACCUGCCAGGGUCUAUCAUUGGAACAUCCCAGUACUCCAGAAACUCGCCAAGAACAGACCACAAGCCAGAUUCGACGACGAAAUCGUCGAUGUAGAGAGCACUCCCACCUGGCCGAAAGGAACCAAUGACCACCCGAACUCUCUGGACGCACUCGCUUACUACGUCCCAGCCAAGAAGACGUCUUUCAGGAAAUACUUCUCAGGAAACGGCAAACCUAAGUCCUUCUACGUCAUCGAGAAGAACAAGAAGUCCGCGGAGUACCACAGACUACUCCCAUAAUUUUCAACUUCUUUCCUGCUUUGUAAAUUGGAUUGUAUUUAGUAAAUCUGCGAAGUACUGAUCUAAUGUGUAGAGAUAAUCACUGCUAAUCUCGUUUAAAUGAUAGUUUCUGAGGUUGAUUUGAAUAAAAUAUUUCCUUGCCGACGGCCACAUAUCCAUCUGGGUACCUAAUAGCGGUAUAAUAGUCGAGUAUUAAGUGACGUUAUUAGGAACCUGUCACAUUAAACAUAUUUCUGAACAUUACGCACAUACAUUCCCCUUAUUUAGUACAGUUAACGCGAUUUGAUUUAUUUUGUAACACUUCUUAUAAUUGAGGCUCAUAAAAGUAUGCUGUAACAUGUUUGAAAUGUUGUUUCAAGAUAAUCAUUAUUUAUUAUUAUUGCGGAUUCUUAUUAAAAAGGCAAAAAGUUUUAUUUCUGUAAUAGUCUACUGAAAGAACAUUACAAAUUAUCUGCCUUAUGUACUAACGAUUAUUUCAUGAAAACUAUGUAAAAACUUACAUUAUCCAUGUAUGCCUGUGUGUAAGCUUGAUUUGUGUGACAGUAAUAAAAUUGUUGUAGGUAAUAUUAAGAGCGUAAGAAAAUUAACUUGAAGGUAUGAAUUCAGACUUGUCAUACAAAUCAGGCUAUAUUUUACAGGACAAUUAUAAAUAGAUACAGUAGAAUAAGUAAAUAAUCAUUGUAAAUAGUUGCUUUGCAUUUAGUUUUAGGUAAACGAUAGGUGCUUAGAUAUUAGUAAGACUGCGAAACGAAUUUAAAUUAUUACUAUAGUUGUAGUAUAGGCUCAUGUCGCAGACAAGGAAACUGUCAGUACUUAGUUAAAUAUCUGACAUAUCAUUUAUUUUUUAUCAUCCAAGUUGACUUGGUAUUCGUCCAAGUCAUCCAACUCUCUUUGAACAAGGAGUUGUUGAGUAUAGAGACAGCUCUACGUACAAAAUUAUUGUAAAUUUUUGGCAAUCCUUAAUUUUUUCGUCACUGACAUCGUCCGACAUGAUUCUGUAAUAAUAUGGCACGUUAGGUACCUGCAUAACAUGCGCCGUUUGAUAUGCUAUAUGAAUUUAAUACUUUACCUACUAAACUUUCUCGCGAUUUUUUUGAUGCAUCAACAGCUCUGCUAGAUGAUGAAUCUUUAUGUUGGACUCUACAUUCAUUUAAAAUAGUAAUAUUAUAGAGAACAUAAUUAUUAUGUUCUUUAGCUCAUCUAUUGUAUUUUAAUUAAACAUGAAUUACGCCCGUAUUCACAAACGAUGUUUGCGUGAAGCAGCAAAUCGAACGCACAGUGUUGAAUAGAGCUCUGCGAUUGGUUCAUGUGUCCACGCGCACUGUGAGACCUCAUAGUAUUGUUUGUGAAUAUGGGCGUUAGGUGUGAAAUUCCAUAAUAACAAUAAAAUCACAGAUCAACUUUGAUAGCACAAAUCUUUUUGAUAAGGUUUAUAUGGGCUAUGUAUCAACCUAUUUAUUGCAGAAAAUACUAAAGGACUAACUACUUUAUUGUACUAUCAUGUAUGAUAUUAAUAUCGCUCACUUUUAUUGUACAUGCAGCAGACUUUUUUGUAUUUUACAAAAUAAACAAUAAACACGCUGCGAUGUAUAAUAUGUAGAGGCAAAUAUCGUUGAUGCAUUUAAUUGUAUGUAAGCAUAAUAAUUUUAGAACUACUUGAUAUAAUAACGAUAAACGUCCUUCUUUAAGUGUUUAUAGUCAGAUAUACAUAAUACUUGUAGCUCUUAUUAUAAUAACAUGAAAGCUUUUUGACUACAAUGUAAUCUCUACAGAAAAUACCGUCAAUUAAUUUGUAACUUUUGAAUUUUAUUUAUCCCUGGUGUUUAUUACUCGUAUAUGUGUUUAUUGCAUGAAUAUGUGAAACCACUAUUUGAACUUUUUUUUUAUACAAUAUUUUCUAAGAAAAUGUUUACUAAUUUUUGUAAAAAAGUUAUUUCAAAUUUCUUCUUUGUACAUUUGCCAGUGAAAUAUUAGUUUAUAUUUCCAAUUCAUAAUAAGCAAAGCUUUUAUUUUAAAACGACUGCCCACGGCAAAGUCACGCUUUAAAAUCAUAAUUAAUGUAAGUAGAGUUAAGUAUAAGUACUACCUAUUUUGUACAACGUAAAAAUAUUAAUAAAUAUUUAAUUUUUAAUAAA